GUGACCCUGAGAGGGAGCUGAGAGAAACUGAGAGCGUGGAAGGACGGAGGAGAGAGGACCCGGCGCGAGCGAGGAAGACGAAGAGGAGGUUUGCACAGGAGGAGGAGAAAGGAGGAGAGGAAAUGCGGAGGAGUUCGGACGCACACUCUCUCCAGAGAGCCUCUGGCUUCGAGUGGAUAUUCUUUGAGCUGGUAAUCCACGGAAUCUGUAGUGCUUCUUGAAAAGGUGGCUGAUGUCGAUGCUUCAGAGGAUAAAGUUACAUUAUGGGGCGAUGUGAGGCUGAAAUUCAGCUAAAAGGUUCCUUCUGUAAAUGGUUUUUAUUUUCUGUAUUUUGGGUAUCUGGAUGUUGGGAUGGAAAGGCACUUCAGGUUCCUCAUGUUCCUGCCUCACAUGUUACUUAUAACCUGGUGCCGUCAGUUCCAUCUGUGUCUCCUUUUGGUCCAAUUCAGAUCUCACCAGCAGUGGUCCACCACAAACCUUCUACGUCAGAACCAUUGGCACCAAUGUAUCCUUCCUUCCCAAGCACAUACAAUCCAGUACUAACAGGAAAGUGCCUCGUCAAUUUCUCCGCCAUUUCAAAUAUUUUGGAUCGAACUGCUUCCGAUUGUUCUGCACCUUUGGCAGCACUUGUGGGUAAUGUUAUUUGCUGCCCACAGGUUCGCAGUUUGCUGCAUAUUUUUCAGGGAAACUACAGCAUAGGUACUAGCCUGUUGGUAUUGGAAGAUCCUGCAGCUAAUGAUUGCUUCUCAGACAUUAUAAGCAUCCUGUCAGGCAGAGGGGCUAACAGUACAAUUCCUGCAAUUUGCUCUGUCAAGCCAUCUAAUCUUACAGGUGGCUCCUGCCCUGUGAAGGAUGUAGCCACCUUCGAGAAACUUGUAAAUACAAGUAAAUUACUAGAUGCUUGCAGCACGGUUGACCCACUUAAGGAAUGCUGCAGACCUGUUUGUCAGCCUGCUAUCAUUGAUGCUGCAGUUCAUCUCUCUUCAGGGGGUUCAUCCUCGCUUGCAAGUGCCAAUGUGCUUGGGGGGCUUUCGCAGAUAGAUAUCUUGAAUGAUUGUAAAGGGGUGGUUUAUGCAUGGCUCUCAAGGAACCUCCUUGCUGAUGCUGCCAACACUGCAUUUAGGAAUUUGUAUGGAUGUAAAGUUAACAAAGUUUGUCCCUUAGAAUUUAAAGAGCCUGCUUCAGUUGUCAAGGCGUGCAGUAACAGAGCUUCUCCAAAUCCAUCAUGCUGUAGCUCCUUAAAUACUUAUGUUGCAUCCUUACAGAAACAGAUGCUGAUCACCAACAGACAAGCCUUGAAUUGUGCUACAUAUUUUGGGUCUCAGUUACAGAAAGCUGGGGUGAUGACAAAUGUUUAUGAGCUAUGUGACAUUGACUUGAAAGAUUUCAGUCUGCAAGCAUUCGGACAGCAAGGUUGCCUCCUUCGAAGUUUACCUACAGAUGUUAUAUUUGACAACUCCUCUGGAUUUAGCUUUAUAUGUGAUUUGAAUGACAAUAUUGCUGCACCGUGGCCUUCUUCUUCUUCACUUUCAUCCUUAACUCUGUGUGCCCCUGAAAUGUCUCUGCCUGCGUUGCCCAGAACUGAGACAUCUGGAAGUCUAGGCUGGCAUGAUAUUGGCGGUGGAUAUGCUCUACCAAUUCUUUUACUGUUGGUUAGAUUACUGAUAUGGGGGGUUUGCUGACAGGCCUGUCGUUUGAUAUAUCGUGGUGGUGGUUGCUGAGCCCCGCACUUCUUUUCCUGUACCUCUCUCCAACACCACGGUUGUUUGUAAAUUAAAUACAAAUGCAUCAGCAUCCAUUUUGUUGUGUAUAGCAGCUGAUUUUUGGUUCUUGAUAA